AUGAAGAAGUGGCCCGACAUAGCAGGAGAAGCAGGGACGGCCACUUGCAUAGUAGUCACUGCAACUUGGCUGAAACCAGAUUUCAACACCGCAGGGUUACACCCACCAGGUGAUUUGGCCUAUCGAUGUGAUCGCACCGACGGUCGCAUCGGUGGUGGUUCCCUAAGACUCGUAGCGGAACACGUAACACAAGCAGCCAUAACCAUUCUGGGGACAAAGAACAUCCAAUCCACCGGGUACUUGCUAAAACAACCUCAUAGUGCAGUAGCAGUAGUCUGCACAUACUGUAGUCCCUGGUCCUCCACAGAGGAGGAUGACCAGUUUAUGGCCCACCUCAGGCAAGUAGCGGGACAAGCCAACAGGGUUCUGCGUUUAGGUGACCUAAAUGCUCCUGAGGUUGACUGGCUGACGGAAAACCCCCCUCCGGCAGCUUCGUAG